ACUCAGCUCCCCUCCUUCCCACCCAGCCCGCAGCGAGCUCCGGCAGAGCCUGGCCGAGAGCACGUCCCCGGGGCUCAGCCGGGGGAGAUGCACUGGGGCGCAGGCGACAAGCGUUAAUUUAUGUUUAUUGUUGCAGCAAACAAGUUGAAAUUCGGAAGGAGUGCCGUAAAGUGUCGGGCGGUGCGGGGUGCCAGGGGCUGAUCCCUGCAGAGCCUGUGGAAGAGGCAGGGAGGGAAUGGCGUGGGCAGCGUGCCGCUGAGCCGGGCCAUGAAGCCGCAGCCUCUGAGCAUCCCUGCGAGGUGGGGGCUGCCUGGGCCACCCGUGUCGGGUGGGUCCUGGGGCGGGCCAGGGUCCUUGCCUGGGCAUCACCCCCGUGCCAGCUGCCUGGGGGAGUCCAGCCUGGGCACCGCGGGGCGAGGGGAGCGGCUGCUCCUCUUCCUCGGGCGCCGAGUGCUCGGGACCCCGUGCCGCCGGUGUCAGGGUGAGCGGGGUGCCCGGGGACCCACGCCUUCCCGCUGCCGAGCUGCUCCGCUGGCUGGCGUGGGGCUAUUCCUGCCGGAGGAAGCGAGUCGAUGAUGGCAGGAAGCUCUGCCCGGUCCAAACGCCGGCUGUGCCGGAGCCCAGCACUGCAGCGUCCCGCGGGCUCGCCUCGGCGUCACCGGGGCCGGUGGCGGGUGGUGCUGGCCAGCCACCAGCUCGGAGCCGCGCUGAUGUCAGGUCCCUGCAGAGAUGACUUCACAUGCCAAGCAUCUGCCCGCGAGCGGCUGCUGCUGUGGGACCAUCCCCUCUGCCCCCUCCUCAUCCUCGGAGAGUCCCCAGCCCUGAGGAGGCAGAGGCCGGGCUGCUGCAGGACGAGCGGCUCGGAGGUGGCGGCAAGCGGAAAGGCAGGAGCAAGAAGUGGCGGGAGAUCCUCCGGUUCCCACACAUCAGCCAGUGCGACGAGCUGCGGAAGGGCCUGGGACUACAGCAGCCUGUGCCAGAAGCAGCCCAUCGGCCGGCUGCUCUUCCGGCAGUUCUGCGAGACGCGGCCGGAGCUCCUGCGCUGCAUCUGCUUCCUGGACGCCGUGGUGAGGGACCCCGCGGGAUGCCACCGCGCCGGCUCUGCUCAGGCGGACUAUGAGCUCUCCCCGGAUGAGAAACGGAAGGAGAUGGGGGAGGAGAUCAUCGGCCGGUUCCUCAAGCAGGAGUCCCCAGAUUUCCUGCCUGAGGUCGGCCAGCCCCACGCCAGCCGGUGCCUGCAGGACCUGGAGAAGAGCCCCUGCAAGGACCUCUUCAGCAGCUGCCUGCGCCCCCUGCACGAGUACCUGAGCGGCGACCCCUUUGCCGACUACCGGGACAGCAUGUAUUUCGACCGGUUCCUGCAGUGGAAGUACCUGGAGAGGCAGUCGAUCACCAAGGACACGUUUCGGCAGUACCGGAUCCUGGGCAAGGGCGGUUUUGGAGAGGUGUGCGCCUGCCAGGUGCGGGCCACGGGGAAGAUGUAUGCCUGCAAGAAGCUGGAGAAGAAGCGGAUCAAGAAGCGGAAAGGGGAGGCGAUGGCCCUGAACGAGAAGCAGAUCCUGGAGAAGGUCAACAGCCGGUUCGUGGUGAGCCUGGCGUACGCCUACGAGACGAAGGACGCGCUCUGCCUGGUGCUGACCAUCAUGAAUGGCGGCGACCUCAAGUUCCACAUCUACAACAUGGGCAAUCCCGGCUUCGAGGACGAGCGCGUGGUCUUCUACGCGGCGGAGAUCUGCUGCGGGCUCCAGCAUCUGCACCAGGAGGGCAUUGUCUACCGGGACCUGAAGCCGGAGAACAUCCUGCUGGAUGAUGAUGGCCACAUCAGGAUCUCCGACCUGGGGCUGGCUAUCAAGAUCCCCGAGGGCGAGACCAUCCGUGGCCGCGUGGGCACCGUCGGCUACAUGGCCCCGGAGGUGAUCAACAACGAGCGCUACACCUUCAGCCCCGACUGGUGGGGCCUGGGCUGCCUGGUGUACGAGAUGAUCGAGGGGCAGUCGCCCUUCCGUGCCCGCAAGGAGCGGGUGAAGCGGGAGGAGGUGGAGAAGCGGGUGCAGGAGGACCAGGAACCCUACUCGGACAAGUUCAGCAAGGAUGCUCAGGCCAUCUGCAAGAUGCUCCUGGCCAAGGACCCCAAACAGCGGCUGGGCUGCGGGGCCGAUGGGGCGGACGAGGUGAAGCGCCAUCCCUUCUUCAAGACCAUCAACUUCAAGCGCCUGGAGGCUGGAAUCAUGACACCCUCCUUCGUGCCGGACCCCCGGGCGGUUUAUUGUAAGGAUGUGCUGGACAUCGAGCAGUUCUCAACGGUGAAGGGCGUCAACCUGGACCAAACCGACAACGAUUUCUACGCCAAGUUCGCCACCGGCAGCGUCUCCAUCCCCUGGCAGAACGAGAUGAUCGAGACCGAGUGCUUCAAGGACCUCAACGUGUUCGGACCCAGCGGGACCCGCUCCCCCGACCUGGACUGGCGGCAGCUGCCCGAGCCCCCCAAGCGGAGCCUUCUGCAGAGGCUCUUUCGACGCCACCCCGCUGACUACAGCAUCGGCACCACCAUCCACGCCCCCCGCCUGGCCGCCGUGAACUCACAACCUCCCGCAGCCAACUCCGCCGGCCGAGCCACGGCACCGGCACCGUCCUGACCCCUCUCGCCAUCCCGGGGCGGGGGGAGUCGCGGGGGCCGGGCAGCCCCCAGGAACCCUGUGCCCUCUCAGGGUUGUCUCGGGCCGGGGAUGCUCCGGAGGCGCAGCGGGAUGCUGGCACGGGCGGGCAGGAGUGAUGGAGGGGCACGGGGCAGGAGCAGGGGCUGCCCGACCCCAACCCUGGCAGCUCCCCGGCCCCUUUCCCCCAGCCCCAUGGUGUGUCCAGCCUGUUUUUGGGGGGUCCUGCUGCAGGACACCCCCACCCGCCCCCCCCCAAGCCGCUGCCAGGGGAAGGGGCCAGGGCAGGGACCUAUUUUUGCUGCGUUUGAGCCCGUUAUCUUAUCGCCGGCUCAGUGCGUGACCUCUGUGGGCGCGGGGGGAGGCUGCGGGUUUAUCUGUGCUUCCCAAAUAGAAACAAAGGCAGCCUUGGAGCGGGGGGUGCCCCUGGCUCCCCGGGUCCCUCCGGCAGUGCUGCGGGGUCCCCGUGGUGGGAGGGAUGGGGUGUCCCCAACAGAGCCCCCUCCCCGGAGCGGACACAGCCUCCCCGCUCCUGCUCUGGCCACCACAAUGUGAAAUGGGCUCAGAAAAGUGAAUUUUUCUCCAAAAAUUCUGGAUGGGAUGGGAUAGGGGGGGCAGGGGGGAGGGCUCCCUCCGUCCUCACGGGACCGCUCAGGGAGCCUCGGGGUGCCCCAGCCCUGCCCCGGUGGGGUGCACAAGGGCACAGCGCCUGUGGGGCUGGGGGUGCGAGGGGCAGGCAGUGCACGUGGGCGUGCAAGGGGCAGCGCACGUGGGCGUGCAAAGGGCAGGCGCUGUGCGUGGGGGGUGCAAGGGGAGCGCACGUGGGCUGGGGGCGGGGGGGGGGGGCCAUGCUGUGGGUGCCCAGGGCCCCCUCACCUUCGGACCCCGGUGAAUCUCUGCCUCCAGCACCUUUGGUUUACAUUCGAUCCCGUUUUGUACAUUUGUACACAGUUGUAAAUAUUUGUACGUUGAGCGCCCGGAUGUACAUUUUUAAGCUAAAAGCCGCAAA